AAAGCGCGAGAAACAAUGCCAGAACAAAGUAGUGAAGGGAGAGUAUUUCGAAGGCGACCCAACGCUUGUUAGUUCUGAGCGUCUGUUUUCCUCUCUCUCUCUCUGAAUUCUUUGUUUCCCUCGAAACCCCAAAUUUCUCCGGCUUAUCGGGCGAUGGAUCUGUAACCCGUUUCGCCGACAGCCUCGCUUUUGGGUUUUCAAACUCCCCCCUCACUGUAGAUGCUCUUUAUUAACCCUAGCCCAUCUAGUGGAUUACCUUUGCUAAGGCUCUCUACAGAAAACUUAUCCUCGCUAUCUCCGGCAUGGCUAAUAACCCACCGGAAGGCCUAGGCGAUGAUUUCUUUGAACAGAUCUUAUCAAUUCCUUACACGGGAAACGACUCCGCUUUGGCGGGAAAUGACGGGAAUUUGGCGGGAACAGCGGGUUCGAUGGUCCUGCAGUUGAGCUCUGGAGAUGGUUCUAGCCACGUUGCCGGAGGUGGUUUCCAGGGAACGGUUUUCCCGCUGGGUUUGAGCUUGGACCAGGCAAAGAGCGGCUUCGUGAAGCCGGAGGAGGCGUCGGGGGGCGAUAAACGGUUUCGGGAGGAAACUGACGGAAGAGCUCCUUCUGGAAAAAACGAUGGAGACUCUGUGCAUUUGACGAAUCUAUUUCCGGCGUUUGGACAUUUACAGACAAACCCAGUUCGGCCUGCCACUCCUCAGGUCCACCAGCCAUUUCAUGGCCAGCCUACACCAGCCACCGUUGCUAGCGUGGCACACCCACCGGCCAUCCGACCGAGAGUGCGGGCUAGACGAGGGCAAGCCACCGAUCCUCACAGUAUUGCCGAGAGGUUACGCAGAGAAAGAAUAGCCGAAAGAAUGAAAGCUUUGCAGGAAUUAGUUCCUAGCUCCAACAAGACAGAUAGGGCGGCCAUGCUUGAUGAAAUUGUGGAUUAUGUGAAGUUCCUCAGGCUCCAGGUCAAGGUUUUAAGCAUGAGUAGACUGGGGGGAGCUGGUGCAGUAGCACAGCUUGUUGCUGACAUCCCGCUGACCUCAGUUGAGGGAGAAGGCAGCGAAGGUAGAAGCAGCCAGCGAGCAUGGGAGAAGUGGUCAAACGACGGAACAGAGAGACAAGUAGCAAAGCUGAUGGAAGAAGAUGUUGGGGCUGCGAUGCAAUUUCUACAAUCAAAGGCACUCUGCAUCAUGCCCAUGUCUCUAGCCGCUGCUAUCUACCACACACACCCUCCAGAAGCCCCUACGACUCCGAUUGUGAAGCCCGAGUCAAGCGCCCCCUCGUAGUCGUAGAGAUGUCAAAGAAAAGGGGGUUCAUACUUGCACGUGCCCAUCAUGCCCCAGGUCCCACCUUUUAUUAAUGCUCUGAUUCUGAUUUCUGACCCCACCACGCACUAUUUUAGUAUUUGCUACUCAGAAUUCAGAAAUCGUCUUACACCCACGCGGCAUUGCAAUCAAAGUCAGAUACCAUAUAUAUUCGCUUUUGACAGUUUUCUCAAACAGGACCUGAUGUCAUGCUCAUGCCUAGAAAAACUGCGGGCACUUGUUAUUUCCUGCUAGAUCAGAAUUCAGAACCAAGGGAAGGAGUCUCACUGGCUCACUGCUAUUGCAAUGUUAAAUCUUUUUUUUUAAUGUUUUUCAACCCCACCUGGGUGGGGGAGGAGGGGUAGUGGUGGAUGGCCAGAAUACAUUUUUUUCGUUGGUGGGGACCGUCUUUUUUGAUAGUGGGUGGUGGGACAUUCUAAAAGAGAGUGAUGGGCACAUGGGUAUAUGUAAUGUAACUAUGAUGUAUUCACUAUUCAGAGGAAGAUUUAAUGAAAGUUGAAAUAGAUAAUGGCCGGUCAUUUUUAGAAA